AUGUGUGAGCCGAAAGAAUCCAGUCAACUAAAAUCCUGGAUCUUUACUCCAGAAAAUUUGGAAUUGUGUAGAGCCCGCGCCAACAGAGUCGCUCGCAAACUUUUGAGUGAUCCUGCUGCCAACAACACUCCACCUCCAGUCCAAUGCUUCGCCCGCGAUUUUGAUGCAUCUAAAUACCCCGAAGACCAAGAAGAAGGGCCUCUGGAGCUGAAGGGUAGCCCCUUUUUGAAUCCAGAGGAAGAAGCUCUGAUAGUGAACUUUUAUGUCUCUAAACUCCCAACACUAAUGGGUCCUCAGGCCCAAGUCUCGCGGUUACGAAGGGAAUCUAAAAUUCCCGCCACCGCAGCCAUGUUGCUAAGGAGAUUUUUCUUGUCCAAUUCUGUCAUGAUGUUUGAUCCCAAGGCCAUUAUGGUAGCUUCGGCCUUUUUGGCUUCCAAAGUAGAAGAUGCCAUGACCGACAUUCGGUACCUUGAAGAAGGAACCCAACGCAUGAAUGCGCCCGUAACUCAAGCAGAGAUUCUACCUGCGGAAAUUGACCUACUGUCGGGUAUCAAUUUUGAAUUACUUUGCUUUCACCCCUACAAGGCUGUCUUGGCCAUUACUGAGGACUUGCGAACCUACCUCAAAUCCGAACAGGGAAAGUCGUUGGUGCAUUUUUCUGAUGGCAAUCAACGGCCGAUCACUGGUCACGACUUGAAACCAAUGCACGAUGCCGCCCAGUUGAUUGUCAAUGACGUAAUCGUCAGCGAUAUUCCCAUGUUGUACACUCCAGCUCAGAUUGGGCUGGCUUCCAUGGUGGUAGCGAAUGAAGAACAACAAUCCAAACCGGACAUUCCACAAAUUGAUCUCAAGGGAUAUUUGGCACAGCGCUUUGAAGAGGCAGAUCAAAAGAGCAUGACCCAGCUGCUAGACAACAUUUGCGUCAUGUUGCGUGGAUUGAAGGACGGAAAGUAUGGGUGCGGCAAUCACAAAGUGGACAUGCAAGUGUUGAAAGGAAUUCACAAAAAGUUGAAAAAGUGUCGACUGUGGGGUGCUAAGGAAAAGAAGAAGAAGCGCAAAAAGGAUGCUGCCGCAGAGGGAUCGGAGUCAGACAAGAAAAGGACAAAGACGUCUUAG